AACCAGUUGGAUCUGGUCAAACGAUGUUGACUUAAAGUGGGUCAGAACCGCAGGUGUAAGAUGCGAACUGUCCUAAACUCUGCCGGAUCAGCCGACAAACCUUCAAACAGUUGAUCUGUGGGACAGGAAUGAGGCUUACAGUCAGUCUGAAGGACCUUUCUGGAAGGUUUCCACCCUGUUCUGGGAUCUAACCAUGGAUGGACCCAAAGCCUGAGGUCCGUCGUCAAAGAACUGCUUCCCCUGGGGGGUUCCACUGCUCUCCUGGUGUCAUGUGGUCCAUCUUUGACUAAAAGGAGAUCCAAACCUGAGACCCAGAGCAGGGAUUUGGUUCCUCGGGGAGAUGGCGGCGGCCAUCGCUAGCUCCCUGAUCCGACAGAGGCGCCAAGCCCGCGAGUCCAACAGCGAGAAGGUCACCACCAACAAGAAGCGUUCGAGUCCCAGUAAAGACCCCAGGUCUCUGUGCGAGAGACACAUCUUCAGCGUCUUCAGCAAAGUUCGCUUCUGCAGCGGGAAGAAGCGGCCGGUACGCAGGAAACCAGACCCGCAGCUGAAAGGCAUCGUGACACGUCUCCACAGCGAGCAGGGCUUCUUCCUCCAGAUGCUGCCCGAUGGGACCAUCAGCGGCUGCAAAGACGAGAACAGCGACUACACUCUCUUUAACCUGAUCCCCGUGGGGCUGAGGGUGGUGGCCAUCCAGGGAGUGAAGGCCGGCCUCUACGUGGGCAUGAACGCCGAGGGCUUCCUCUACACAUCUGAUAUUUUCACACCAGAGUGUAAGUUUAAGGAGUCUGUGUUCGAGAACUACUACGUCAUCUAUUCGUCCACCCUGUACCGGCAGCACGAGUCGGGCCGGGCCUGGUUCCUGGGUCUGAACAAGGAGGGAAUCAUCAUGAAGGGGAACCGGGUGAAGAAGACUAAACCCUGCUCACAUUUCGUCCCCAGACCUAUUGAAGUUUGCAUGUACAAGGAGCCGUCUCUGCAUGAGCUCGAGGAGAAGCUGCUGAAGUCGUCGAGGAGCCCAACGCUGAACAGCGGCCGUGCCAGGAGCCUGGAUCGACCGGCGCGGGGGUCUGCCCACUCCUCCACAGAGCGCGAGGCGUCAUAGCCUGCAGCGCCCCCCGCAGGAGGAGGAGGAAGACAACGAGAACUCCCAUUUUAACAAUCCCUAUGUUCAGCAACUACAACCACCGACGACAACCAACCGCCAAGACAACGAAGACGAAGACAACAACGUAAAAAAAAAAAAAAGAUUUUAAAAAUCGGGGGAAAUUCUUCCUUGUGGUGAAAUAUUUUAACGAGCAAGGGCAUGGGGGAGGGUCUUGCUUGGAAAUUUAAAAAAAAAAUCACGACGUUGAGGAUGGAGAUUUAAAUUUUAUGCAAAAAAGUCCUGCUGAAAUAGUGCCAGGAGGCUAGCACACCUACUCUUCAUCAACACAUUGUAAUCAUCAUCCUUUCUGUCACAACGAUGACAAAAUAUCCUUUGAGUCGAGCGAGCGCUCCGAACUCUGAAGCUUUAAGCCAUGUAGACACUUCACUUCUUUUUGUUUCCUAACGAAUGCUAAAACUUUCUAACUUUCCUCACGCCGUGCUUCUUCUUCUUCUUCUUCUUCUUCUCCAUGUUGUUCUGUCAAAUCAGAUGGAGGAGGUUCUGUUUGCCACGAUUUGUUUAUUUGUUCUUUUUUUGCUUUAAUGGGUCAGGGCCUUGUUCUAGGCUUAGGCGCAGACACUGCCGACUUAAAGGUCCAGGAAGGCAAAGGUACACAAGAACUUCUUGGGUUGUCUUGACUGGACAACUUCCUCUGAGCAGAAUCAUUUAGGUUGUUUGUGAUCCCGAAAGGAAAAGAGUUUGCUGUUGACAUUUGAGGCUUUGUUUGUUCACUGCAGAUUACGCAACGUCCACUAUUUUUGCAUGUUUCAGAUUGUUCAGCACUGUCAGAACGAUUUUCUGCUAUCGGUGCCACCUUGAGACUAUUUCUAUGAAAACCAUUUUCAAAGCCUUUAAUGUGUUUGAGGAAUUUUUACUUUUAAAUAACACAUGAUUUGCUCCCU